CUAAAGUGGAAGCGCGUGCACGCGUGUGUCCCCACCAAACAUGGACACUGCCAACCGGCUCGCUGUUGUAGUCUCGCUGCUCUGCAACUACUACCUGUGUCGAGCGGCGCUGGCCACCGAGUUCAUCUCUACGCUGACGCUGUUCAACAGCGAGCUGAACAAGCAGGGGUGCAUCUCGCUGUCCGACUGGGAAGAGUACGCGGCGGACUGCGAAUCAUCCAUUUUGCAGCUGGACGACCCAAGCUGUGAGGAAGGCAGCAACCAGCCCUGCGAGUCAAUUUUCUCGCUGAAUGCUGAGAAAAUUCUUAAUCAAGCCAAACUGUUUAUAGACCAGAAGAAAAUCCCCCACCCCGUCAAAAACGUCAACACAAACGAAGAACUUGCCAUUGGCUACGUUCUGAUUGGCAACGGGCUCUAUGACGAAGCCAUUAAACACUUCUCCCUCCUGCUGCAGAGUGACCCCGAGCUGGUCAGUGCCAUUUAUGGCAGAGGGAUCGCCUACGGCAAAAAAAGUCAUCAGGACAUCAAAAAUGCUGACCUGGCGCUGUAUGAGCUCACCAGAGUCAUCACACUGGAGCCCAACUGGCCUGAAGUAUACGAACAGAGAGCAGAGAUUUUGUCUCCUCUGGGUCGCAUCAGUGAGGCUCUGGCAGACCUGACCAAAGCCAUCCAGCUCCAACCAUCAGCUCGACUCUACAGACACAGAGGGACACUGCUUUUCAUCUCAGAGGACUACGUGGCGGCGUCGGAGGACUUCCAGCAGUCUUUGGAGCUGAAGAAGAAUCAACCUAUCGCCAUGCUCUACAAAGGCCUCACCUUCUUCCACAGAGGCUUGCUCAAGGAGGCCAUUGAGACGUUCAAAGAGGCAUUGAAGCUCAAGUCUGACUUCAUCGAUGCUUACAAGAGCCUGGGACAAGCCUACAGAGAGCUAGGCGACUUUGACGCAGCGAUGGAAAGCUUCCAGAAGGCCCUCAUGCUGAACCAGAACCACAUCCAAUCCCUGCAGCUCCGAGGCAUGAUGCUCUACCACCACGGCUCCCUCCAGGAGGCCAUCAGCAACUUUAAGAGGUGUCUGCAGCUGGAGCCAUACAAUGAGGUUUGCCAGUACAUGAAGGGCCUGAGUCACGUGGCCAUGGGGCAGUUCUAUGAGGGCAUCAAAGCACAGACCAAAGUCAUGCUCAACGACCCACUGCUGGGACAGAAGGCCAGCCCCGAAUACCUCAAAGUCAAAUACCUCCGAGAGUACUCUCGCUACCUGCACUCCCACCUGGAUGUCCCGGUCGCCGAAUACAACGUGGACCAGGACUUGCCGGGCAACUUUAAGAAUCACUGGGCGAAAAAUCUGCCCUUUCUCAUCGAAGACUACGAGGAGCAGCCCGGCCUGCAGCCGCAUAUCAAGGAUGUGCUGCCGCAGAACUUUGAGUCCUACAGCAGUGACGUCCAGAAGCUAAUCUGCACGGCCGACCAUCUGGGGGCGAUGAUGCAGUACGACACGCCGGGCUUCUUGCCCAACAAGAGGAUACACAGAGCCAUGGGCCUGGCGACACUCGAGGUGAUGCAGGCCAUGCAGCGCACGUGGAGCAACGCCAAAGUGCGCGUCAAUGGCAGAACCAGGCAGAUGCAGUGGAGGGACAUGUUUGAUAUCGCCGUCAAGUGGAGGAGGAUUGCUGAUCCCGACCAGCCGGUUCUGUGGUUAGACCAGAUGCCUGCCAGGAGUCUCAGUCGUGGUUUCAACAAUCACAUCAACCUCAUCAGGGGCCAGAUUAUUAACAUCAGGUACCUGGCUUACUUUGACAACAUCCUGGAUUUCAUCAAAGACAGAAUACUGGUCUACCACGGGGCGUACAACCCUAAAGGGUUGGUCGAAGUCCGCCAAGCCCUGGAGAAGGUAAAUAAAGUGGAGGAUCUUCUUCCUAUCAUGAAGCAGUUUAACAGUAAAACCAGGGAUGGCUUCACCGUCAACUCCAAAGUGCCCAGCUUGAAGGAUCCUGGCAAAGAAUAUGAUGGCUUCACUAUCACCAUUACGGGAGACAGGGUGGGCAACAUGCUGUUCUCCGUGGAGACGCAGACCACGGAGGAACGCACGCAGCAGUACCAGUCGGAGAUCGAGUCCAUCUACCGGGAGCUGACGACCAAAGGGAAGGUCUUCAUGCUCUCCGCCGAGUUUGCGGACGCUGACGCCGUGUGCAACCUGAUCCUCUCUCUGGUCUAUUACUUUUGUAACCUCAUGCCACUCUCCAGAGGCUCCAGCGUGGUGGCCUACUCUGUCAUGAUGGGGGCAGUGAUGGCCAGUGGGAAUGAAGUCAGUGGUCGCAUCCCCAAAGGAAAGCUGGUGGACUUUGAAGCCAUGACGACGCCCAGUCCGGAGACUUUCAGUAAAACGGCAAAAAGCUGGAUGCAAUUCAAAAGUUUGCCCUCUUGGUACCAGAGUCUGCCCUCCGUGGCCGAGACCUUCCCAUCCAUCAGAACCAUGAUCGAAGUCCUCAACGCAGAUUCGUCGUCACAAUGUUCAAAGAAGUCCUAGCACAAAACACACGUGAACGGGAGUUUAGUUCAGGACUAAGUUUUAAAUUGGUGGGAGAAAGGGACUGACUGAGAAUUCACAAUGAAUUUACAAAAAUCGAACAAAAGUUACAUCGGGAAAAUUCUGCCAAACAAGUGUAAAAAAGAGGGUGGCACAAUUAGGUUUGUGUUCACAGCACAUCUUAUUUAAACACCGGAAUUAUUUUUCUGUCACUCGCACAAACACACAAAGUGACUCAUGUAAAGUGAGAAAAAGCACACAAGUAAAGCACAUCAAAAAGUGUCUCCAAAAUAGCGUAUUUGGAGAUGCAUUUAUUUGGGGGUAAAGCGCAACAGUUUACAAACUUUAUAGUGGCAGUAUUGAUGAAGUCUACCUUAAGGGGAUAUUAGGAUGAAUUAGUUGUCUCAGGAAUAUGGGAAAACAUUUGUUUGUUUGGACAAAGUUGAGAUUGUCAAAUUAAGUUAAAAAAAAAAUAGAACCCAAUUUUUAUUAGAAGUAAACAAGGAUGUGAUGUUUACACACAUUUUACUUGAGCACAGGGUUGUGAAAGCUUUUUCAUAGUUUUGGGAAUGCUAAAUUAAUGGAGA